AUGAAUCAAGGGAAUGGAGAUGCAGCUGAGAAGAGGAGUGAGCCGGCACCAUCCAAGAUUGAAGCAUUGGAUGGCUCCAACUAUGAGGAAUGGAGUGGGCGGAUGAGGAGCGCCUUCAAGCGCUACAAGCUGCUGAAAAUGGCUAUGGGAGAGGAGAAGAUGCUCAACGAAGGAGAUGCCCGCGAUGUGUGGAUUGAGCGGAGCGCGGUGCUGUACGACUUUAUUCUACAGUCGGUCAACAAAGACAUGUUCCAACACAUCAAGGAUUUGGUGGAGCUCGAUGACUCGGGACCGAAGGCGUGGAAGCUGCUACGCGACGUGGUUCAGCCCAACACGCUGCGGAUGGUCAAGGACACCUAUGCGAGGAUGGCAGUGGCGGGCAGCAAGGUGUCGGGGAUGCAGCAGUGCACCAAGAUCAUCUCGGUGCUCGACAACUCGUGGGACAACCUUAUCCCCACCCGCAACGCUCAGCAGAACAAGUGGACGCCUGAGUGGCUACGGCAGCAGAUCCUGCAGGAGGACUUCCGCAGGCGCCACACGGGAGGUGGUGCUGCCAACAAAAUUGCUGAGGGGUAUGGAGCUGCAGGAAGCAGCAGAGGAAGAGGGGGAGGGAGAGGCCGAGGCCGUGGGAGAGGCUUUGGCAGAGGGAGAGGCCGAGGUGACUACAAUGAGGGGCAUGGGAGCUUUGGUGGCAGGAGGAGCACCCGAAUGGAGGGUGCGUGCUAG